GAGCCAACAUGGCCUUUGGGGCGCAUUAGUGAUGUGGCGAAACAAGGUACAUCCCUUCUUUCCGCUAAAUUGUUAUCCUGUGGCUUUUAUCCUGUGGCGUUUAAAAUGAUUGUCUACCUUGAUUUUGCGAUAAAAACAACAACAACGACGAUAAUUCCAACACGUUGAAUUUUGUGGCGUUCGCUUUGUUCCACUGAGAUGUCUUCCUGGAAGAAUGCUAGCAAAUCGAGAGCACGCUCGCACAGAGAACGUGGCCAGCCAACUGCCCGUGCUCAUCUCGGUGUGCUGGAAAAGAAAAAAGACUACAAAGUCAGAGCCAUAGACUUUCAGAAGAAGCGCAACACUCUUAAAGUGCUAGAAAGGAAAGCAUUAGAUAAAAAUCCAGAUGAAUUCUACUUCAAUAUGGUCAAAACAGUGAAGAAGGAGGGUGUUCACCAAGAAAGGGAGAGCACUGAGCCAGAGCAUACAGAGGAGCAGCUGAAACUCAUGUGUACACAGGAUCAGAGAUAUGUGAACAUGAAGAGGUCAUCUGAGCUCAAGAAAAUUGAAAAGCUCAAGGCAUCAUUACAUCUGAUUGAUAGUGGGGAAAUUGUGAAAAAUAAACAUACAAUUUUUGUUGACUCUAAACGAGAUGUCAAGAAGUUUGAUGUGGCGAAGCAUUUCAACACUCAUCCAGCCCUGCUGGGGCGUAAAUACAAUCGACCAACGUUGGAAAGUCUGCAGAGUGGAGGGUUUGCGGACAUGGACGAUGAAGCUCUACAGGCAGCCACGUCCAAAAAAGAGGCCAAAUAUCAGGAACUCAAGAAGCGAAUUGAGCGAGAAAAGCAGCUGAAUAUUGUGUCACAGAAGAUGGAGAGGAAAAAAACACCUGAUGCAAGACAAGACUGUGAAGAGGGAACUUGUGUCUGAAGAAACCAAAAGCAGACCAGCACAUUACAAAUGGCAGUUCAAGAGAAAGCGAUGAACAUUGAGAUGGUACUCUACGCAGUGUUGAAGUGUCUUUCAAAUCGUGUUGGGCUGAAUGAGAACAGGGACUGAAUUAAUAAAGCCCUGCUAUGAAGAAGAAUUAUGAUAAAAUUCUUACUCUUAAAAAUUCUUGCAAAUAUUUCAUCUAUUACUCUGUUAGUUCUAUUUUAGGAUUUAUUUUAAUUACAUUUAGUUACUGGAAUACCACUGAUUUUGCAGUCCAUAUGUAGGAAUUUUGAUUAACACAGGAAAAGCUCAUUACAUGAUAUACAUGUACAUUCUGUUUUAUUAAAUUUAAUAUUCCAUUAUGUUAAUCUCUAAACAGGUUCAAAAUGUGUUCAUGUUUCAGUUUAUUCAUUAUGUUGGUUUAUACUUUUUUAUAAGGCAACUAAUUGAUUUAUUGCAAUCGUGUAAAAGAGGUACAGAUUUGAGCCAUGCUUAAAGGGGCUUUGUAAAUGUGUGUUAAGUGUUGUCCUAGAGCAAAGAUCAUUUUUAUAUAUAACAAAAAAUGACACUGUUUAACCCUUUACCACUAAGAUUUUGACAACUUAGAUAAAUAUUUUGACCACUUAGAUACGUAUUUUGACCACUUAGUUAAGUAUUUUGACGCAUUUGUGGUCCCUAAGAAAGUUAAAUUUAAUUAAAGACCUUUCUUACUAGAUUCAAGUUUUAAAGGCUUCAUUUCAAACCCAUGGAUACUAAUGAGCAGCAAACAGCAUAAAACCUGACCAGACUGCCAGUUACUAGCAGUCUGUUCUGGUUUUAUGCUGGUUGCAAAAGCCUUUUUGUCCCCUAUCGGUGAAAUCGGAGGAGACUUAUUGUUUGCACUCUGUCUGUUGUCAGUCAGUCUGUCACACUUUUCUGGGUCCUGCGAUAAAAGUUCUUAAUAUUUUUUCAUGAAACUCGAAAUAUGGACAGAUGGCUAUAUGGAGAUUAUGCCCGUCAUUUCAUUUUGUUCCUAAGUCAAGGAUUCUGGUUGCUAUGGCAACAAAAAGAAUAGAAACAUUGCCGUAAAUAGUGGAUUUUAACCGGUAGGGAACAUAUUACUUGGCAAUAGUCUUGUUUACUUUGCUUCUUAUGUGGGAAAGGGUUAUAUAUGGGUUCUUUAAAAUGGUUACCUUUGAUUCAUACUUAUGAAUUAUGCAUAUGGAAACUGAUUGCAGAUUUUCAGCCGUAGUGUAAUAAUGUUGAAACAUUACAUGGCUGUUAUAUUUGGUACAAAUUGUUAUUUUUGAAACAGAAUUGAAUAAACAUUUUUACUAGAACUUCUAGUUCGUGUACAUUUAUUGGUUAUGGUUGGACCCUUGAUACUUUUAAUCUCCUAAAAUGUAAUUGGUUUCAAAACUUUUCAUCAAAAUUGUGUCAUAAUUGAGUGAAUUGGAAAUAUUCAUAAUAUAUGGCAUGUUUUGCCGAUAUAGCAAAGUUUUGCAUGUAAAUAAUUAAUCAGUUGUUAGCAAUGUUGAAAAUGCUGUGGGUUUUUUCGUUUUACAGCAGCUAUUUAAUAUGUCAUAUUGGUAAAUCAUUCUUGUAAAUAUUCAAUUUAGCAGGCAGAUAAAUAGUUUCUAUACUUAUUAUGGGGACAAAAAAGGUGAGGAUGGCAAAAUUAUUUGAAUGUUUGAUUUAAUUGUCAGUAUUCAAAUAAUAGACUUGAAAUUUGAAUAUUCAAUUGUCAGUAUUCGAAUAAUAGACUUGAAAUUUGAAUAUUCACACUUUUUUAUUUGUAUUUUUUUUUUUUUUUUAAACGUAAUUCCCCUUAUAUUUUCCACGAGCUGCUUACAAAUUGGCACUUGGGUUUAACAUGUUUGAUGUGACGUUCUUUGUGUCAAACGCAGCCCGUAUCAGCGUUGAUUGGGCAAUGUAAUAAACACACUCUAAAAAAGGCCCCAAACUGUUGUUUGUCAAUGGGGUACCAAUUAACAGCUUCAUUUGACUGGUGAAUAAUAAUUAAGUUUCUGUGAUUACAGUAUGAACAGCCAUUGAAAUGUGUGAAUUACUCAAAUUGCACAAUGAACCAUCGAAAGGCUUUGUGAUGUACUUUGCAUGACUUAUUGAUAUGUUUCUUUUUAUAAACCUACAUGAUAUCAUUAUUUUAAAAUUUCAAAUAAAGAUAGAAUUCUA